UUGGCAUUUAUGAUUUGUCCUUGAGGCUGGAAUGCGGUGCUGUGUGGAUACUAGUGACAUCAGUGGAAUCGACCAAGACAAGAUGUCAGCAUUAACAGCUGAGCGGGAUCAGUUGAAGACUAUUCUGCGUGGUCUUCUUAUAUCUUCAGCACAGACCAUGACAGCUGAGCAGCUCCACAGGGACUUCAAACAGCAGGAAGGCCAGAAUGUACCUUACCGUAAAUUUGGCUAUAGCAGUUUCCUGGAAUACUUGAAGUCUAUUCCAGAUGCUGUUGCAAUUGGUUCUUCAUUCAAUGGUGGCAGUCCAGUAGUACUACCAGUGGUGUCAGAAAAGGUAUCACAUAUUGAUGCAUUGGUACAAAAGCAGAAAGUGAACACUCAAAAAUGGGCAUCUCAGCGGAGACCUCCUGCCCAAAAAUUAUAUGUUGAAGCACCUCCAAGAAUGAACAGUGUAAACUACAGCAGUAAAUAUGAUAUGAGACAAAGGGUUUUGGUACCAUACUCUUUGCAACAAAGAAUUUGCAGAAUGGUGCAUGAAAAUCCAAAUGGAGUGCCAAUCCAGACCAUUGAGCGAGAAUUCUUUUCUGCCCAGACUCGACAGAACUAUGGAAUGUAUGACAGAUAUGAUAUUUACCAGCUGCUUAGUUGCCUUAGUCAGCAUCUCAUGAUUUCCGACAGAAUGGUUUACCCUUUGUGGAGAAAAGAGCCUCAACACAGACUUGCGUCAGGAAGCUCAGUGGCUGGUUAUCAAAAAUCAAACAAUUCUGAAUUGGGGACUUACAAGUUCUUGCCCGCUGGAUGUGAAAAUAAUCGUGAUAUUUGCUUGCAACAAAAUGGUGCUUUGAAAGAGGACAAUGAACUUGGGGAAGUGAGUGAUAAGAAUGAUUCACAUACUGCAGUGCCAGUUUGUGAUCAGAUUGGUGUCACUGAUAUUACACAGAAUGUCAAAGAAAUCACUAUAGAAGAUGUAGAAGUGAUUCCCAACAUAAGAUCACCAUCAGUUGAUACAGGUGCAUACAAUAAUUCCAGUGAUAUUGUAGGUGAGAGAAUGAAAACAAACUUCCAGAUCUUGUUGAAGAAACAUCCUAGUGGCAUCUGGUGUUCAGAACUUCCAAACUUAUAUAAGGAAGAGUUCAAAGUUCCAUUAGAAUAUGUUGACCUUGGUUUUAUAAGUGUGGUACAGAUGGCAUCCAGUUUGCCUGAUGUGUUCCAUUGCAUUAGACCAGAUGGAAUAGAUUGGAAGCUGUUUGAUGCUCAAGAAAAACUACCUCCGCCAUAUUCCAAAUAUGACAUAAAAUCCAUCAAAACUGUGUCAACAGAAAUGGUGCCUACCGUACCAUCAAAAGUAAAGCAUAACAUUCAGAAGCUUCUCAUGUGUCAUCAAAGUGGUUUACCUAGUGAUAAGUUCCUUGAUCAAUAUGAGGAAAUGUUCCACGUUCCAGUUACUUUAGAAGAGAUGGGAUUUGACACCACUGAGUCAUUUCUUCUGUCACUAAAUGACUCAGUUCUGCACAUGCGUUAUGUGAACAAGAAGAUCCUAGUGUAUCCCCAUGCUACUAAUACAGAACCAGAAAGGGAUAACCCAUUAGCACAUGUUACUGAGCCACAAAAUCUCUUUGCAGAUUUAUAUCCACCUGAAGUAAUUGGUCCUAAAGGAACGCUUCCAUAUGAGAAAAUACCACCUGAAGCUACACCAGGAGGAUUUCUUGAGGUGUUAGUGGCAGAAAUAUAUACACCUCAGAAUUUCUGGAUACAGUUGAGAGGAGGAAAGACUCAUUUGGCACUUGAUGCACUUAUGAAUGAGAUUCAAGAAUUCUAUAAACAGGAAGCAAAUAAUUACAAUAUGCCAGUUCCAACAAUCAAAAUUGGUCAGUAUUGUAUGGCUCCUUACAGUAAUGAAUGGCAUAGGGUAUGCAUUACUGCAAUGCUCACUUUCCAUGAUGUGCAGGUGCUGUUUGUUGAUUAUGGUACGACUGGUAGGGUGAAGAAAAGUGACUUGCGCUUCAUGCAUCGCGACUUUGCAGAAUUUCCAAUUCAAGCAAUCAAAGCUAGUCUUGUCAAUCUAGUGCCAACUGGUGGUGCAGAAAAAUGGCCCCGUAAAGUUAGUAAGCGCUUUCUUGAGUUGGUGUCAGAUAAAAAUCUUGUGGCUGUCAUCUCCUCAGUCGAUCAUGAGGCACGUGAGCUGGAAGUAGCCUUGGUGGACACUUCUGGUAAUGAAGAUGUCCAUAUUAAUGAUCUUCUGGUAGAUGAGGGCCUGGCAGAAUAUAAAACAAACAGAAUGAAAAUGCCGCAGCCACCACCAUCGCCGUUACCACUAGCACCACAACUGCAGAGGAUCGCUGCAGACCUUGGGUCAUCUACAGUCACAGUGAAUCCACCACCGGGUUUUACUGCAGGACCUCAACUCCAGAGUCUGUCACAUAUCUCAUCCACUGGUCCUGAAACACCUGAAAAGAGUGAAAAUUUUACAGAAAUGCAAAGCCAGUCAUUUCCAAACAUGCCUUACAUCAACUCAUCAGAUUUCAUACAACAGUUCACCAGUGUUCCAGUAGCACCAGCUAUGUAUGAUGUCCCAUUAUUCACAAACACAAAUCCCUUCUUAGCACAGGCAUCUACCUUUCAACAGCUUAUGUGUUAUGAAUAUCUAUUACAACACCAGCCAUUAAUGAGAUCUUUGGUGAUGUCAAAUCCUGCAUUUGCACUUCUGAUAUCUCAAAAUAUUAGUGCAGCAUCGCUAGCCAAUCCAUUUGGAGUGCCAAUGUUGAAUCCUUCAAUGUUGUAUUCUCCACCUGUGACAACACAUGACAUCAACAGUUUGUCAAUUGCUGUUGAUAGUAAUCCAGAAAUGGAUGCUGUUUAUGUGUGUUCACCACCCACAGCAGAAGAUGUGGCAUCUGAAGGAGGAGAAACAAUGAUGACUCAAGUUGUAGUUGAACAAGAGCAAAAUAAAGAUGACUUAAUGAUAGAAGCAUCAAAUAAUGUGGCGUGUUCUAACUCAGAUCAAUGUGACAUAGUAGAAGCAAACUCAUUUGGGAUUAAAUCAGAUCCUGGUGUUAAUGUAGAGAGCAAGUGUGUGAAUGAAGGUGAAGAACCAAGUCCAACUUGUUCAACUAGUUCAGAUGAUAUAUACAGAAGUGAUGAUGAUGAUGAUGAUGAAGAAGAAGAAGAAGAAGAACAACAACAACAACCACAGCAACAACAAGAGCAGUACUGUGUUCUGAAACCACACUAUGUGAAGGAGAUUGAAAUUGCAGGAAGAAUGGUUCAUCUGAUAAAUGUAUGUAAUUCACCAUUCCUCUGUACUGAUGAAGUAGUACGGGUGUUUACAGACUUUAGUGGGCGACACGUUGUGCUGAAGAUACUUGAAGCAAGGAGAGUUGAAAUACAAUUUAGUGAAAUUACACGGAUGGAUACAUCUGCUCUCAUUGAAGAUCUUGAAACUUACAACAUUAUAGGUGUACCAAAAUCUCCAUCUGGCUACAUAAUGGGUAAAGUCCAUCUUAUUCCACUGCAGUCAGUACCUCAUUUGUUGACAGUGCUUAAUGUGCAGGAUAUAGCUGAGCUAUGCAACAGUGUGCUGAUAAAAGGUGAAGUCCGUGGGGAGUGAAAGUAUAGCUCCACCACUCCUGACCUCAGCAUGAAAUGGAGGUGAAUGGUCAGCCGCCUCCAGUACCCAUUGGAUGAGAGGCUGGAUGGGCCCCAUAGCCAGUCUGGACAUUAUGGAAAAGAGGAACAUCUUGUUCCUGCUGGGAAUCAAACCCCCAGCUGUCAAGCUCAUAGCUCAUAGCUCACUCUUGGGGUUAUAUUACAGAUACUAAUAAUAUUUUCAUUUUAAUGUUGUGUCUAAGUUGCUAUUUAAAGUUUUCCUGGCUUGAUCUUGACAGUUACCACUAAUCAUAAAACUGUCAUAACUGUAUAAUGACAAGCAUUAUCUGGGAUAGCUCAGUUAAUAUAGUGACUGGCCAUGGGCUGGUAGAUUAAGAACAUGGGUUUUUUGGUUUGUGACCAUAUCCAGAAUAGGAUCCGUUUUUCCUCCUGUCCAUUGGGUACUGGAGGAGUCUUUUUCCCAGGGGGAAAGUGGCCCAACCAUGAAGCUGAUCACUCACCUUCAUUUGGUGUGAAGAUUAAGAAUAUGUGGAGCUAUACCACAUACGCUCGUAUAUUUUUUGUUGUUGGGCAUAAUAGCAAGAACAACUUUACUUUUACGUUUUAUACUGAUUACCCAUCACAAGAAGAUGAGGAGAUGAGCAGCUUCUGAAAGAUUAUGUAUUCUGGCAUAUAGACCUGUUGCUAAGCAGUGACUUUGUAAACAGUGACCUUUUCUGGGCAGUGGCUCGGUAAACAUGUUCCUGCAGCAAUAGAAUUACUGUUGGAAAGAGGGCGUUUCUGCGUAGUCCAUGCCAAGAUGUUAUAAGCAAGGGGCUAAGUCAGUUGUUAACGAGUUCUGCACUUAAGGGAUGUGAGGGCCUGAGUGUGUAAAGUUGAAGAAUCUCCACUGUAAGAAGCCAUUGCCAGGGAAUGGCUGGUGAAGACACCGCAGGCUAAAAAAGGCUUGGUGGGUGGUGUGAUGAUUUGUGAAUUGUGGAGAUUAGCAGCAGCAUUGUAAUUGCUUGUGGUUCCAAGUCGUGUGUAUUAGUAGUCAAUAAAUCGAGUCACCAGUCUGAACCCCAUCUAGAGUCACUCAUACAUGUGACAGCUCAAAUUAUUAGAACCUAUUUCGAUAAGGUCUAUUUAAAUACUACUCUGCCAUCUAUUGUAGGUCUCUCAAGUGGUCCCUUUCUACAACAUUUACACAUUACAUCUAAACUGCAAGGUCUUCUAUAUGCAUAAUGCUACAAGUAAAACAUUUUAUUGGAGGCUAUGAUUAAAAUCGCAUGUAAAAGCUAUUCCUGUAACAAGCCCUGGAGGCCUGUAAGGUUGUGAGAUGUUGAGGCGCCUGUAUUUUCUAGACAU